UGUACUUUGUGUACCUACCACUCAGGCGUAACAUAAACUGCGCAGACGAGACAAACAUUAUAAGUUUACACAGGUAAAUGAAAAUGGCGUUCACUACACAGGUGCGACAUAACUUUGGAUUUUAUAACAUAUUUUGGCGUGUAGACAGCAAAAUGCUUGUCAAACUUUAUUUAUUGUGUGUGUUAGGUAUUUAUGUGUCAGAAAGCAUGGAUUAUUGUAAAGGUCAUUUUGAAAAUUGUAUUUGUACGGAUACAAACGUCACGUGUCACAACGAAGUGAAGUUAAAACAUGAUAUAACAAAACUAUUUCACUACAUCAAAGAUGACGUUAUUGAUAUAACUAUUACUGGUUGCAAUUUAAAGGAAUUACCACAAAACACGUUUGGAUCCUGCAGACAAGAUACAUCUCUUGUAUUGCAUAAGUUAAAGAAAGUGGACUUAUCAAAUAACAGCAUUUCCACAAUACAUGGAAAGAGUUUUCAUUGUGCACCAAAAUUAGAGACUCUAAUUUUAAGCAACAACGCAUGGCAAGUUGAUAGAGGGCCAAACAAAACAGGCUACUUCACGUCAAUCGAAAGUCUUAAGCAUUUAGACUUAACCAACACGUUUGAAGAGGUCUGGGAUGGUUAUCUACACAUCACCAAACUAGCAAGAGUUUUCAACGAAACGGAUAUGACUUCUCUCGAAACACUGAAACUUGGUUACAAUGAAUUCUUUUCAUUUUCGGUCUCGGCUGCCAACUCGUUCUGUCAGCUGACAUCAUUGAAAACAUUAGAUCUUUCUCACAAUAAUUUGGAGGAUCCUUCUUUACCAACAAAACCAGAUUGUUUGGAAAACCUCGAGAAGCUUGAUUUUUCAUACAACCGAAUGACGGUGUUACCACAGGAGUUCAUGGACAAACUCGAAAACUUACAUAACUUGACAGAAGUUAAGCUGGACAACAAUCCAUACAGUUGUGACUGUGGACUUAUCCAAACUUGGAAAUGGUUGAACGCCACAAAAGUCACGAUUUUAAACAAAAAGGAACUGAAAUGUGCCAGUGGGUAUCAUUCUUCUUACACGAAUAUACCCAUCUUGAGCCUGUCCCUCUCAGACCUGAAAUGUGAAAUGCUCGGACCUCCGUCCAACACCGCUGUUAAAGUAGUGACUGGCAUAAUAUUUGCAGUAGUUGGAUUAACCCUGAUCGCUUUCCUGGUUGUACACAGAGAAAAAGUAAAACUUGUAUGCAAAAAGUGGAAGAAAAGAGUUCCGAAUAUGCGCUUCCGGUCACACCAAGGAUACGCCUCUGUGCAAGAAGUUGCUGUGAUAUAGAAUAACAUGACAGGAUUGUGCUUUAAAUAUUCCAUGCCAAAGUAAAGUCAAUGGGGAGUUCAAAGCGUUCACUUAUCUUAAUGAACUAUUAGUUUGAUUGUUAAUUUUAGUUGAAUUAUAUUUAUUAGAUAAAACAACACAUGUGUUUCUUCUACAGAGAAACGUCUGUUUUAUUUUAGAGAGGUGACUUUUUGUUCAAGUCACACAAACAGAAUGUCUGGCUAGAUGUUGUUAAUAGAGGUUAUACUGUAAUAAUCACACCUCAGAAAUAAUAUAAUUUCACUUUAUCAGUUUUAUGUGGGGCCAUUUGCCUGUCCCUGAGAAAACGAAGUAUUUACUAAACCGCCCCCAUUUACUGUAUAUUCCAAUGUGUUGUUAAACAGCUGCAAAACAAUUUACCUAUAGAUGCAUCUUAGAUAUAUAGAUAUAAUGUAUAUAUACUAUACAAAUUUCAUGCUCCAUAUAGGUGAGCGGGUGCGAUGUGUAAGUGUGCUAGGAUUCUGUAAAGUAUUAACACUUUCACAUUUUUGCCUUGCAUACUAAAUUCAAAGGUAUCAAAAACCCCACUUGUAACAAAGUGUAUAUUUUAUUGAGAAUGGCCGUUAUUACAAUGAUGAUAAAUGAUGGUGCUUUAAUGUUGUUCGUUUAUUUUUUUUACUUCUGGGUUGUGUCUUUUUAUAAUACUUCUCUUAAAAAUUCACAUUUUAAGAAUAAGGUUGUAUUUUAAAGUUAUAUAUUUCAGGCACUUUGUACAUUUUCACAGUUUUUUUUUUUGUGAUAUGCAGAUCGUAUUCGUUUUAAAUAACAUUGUAAUUGUAUAUUUUGAAUCUCUGUUACAUAAUGUGUUUUAGUUUGUAAAUAGUUUUAUAUUCAUUUUAAUGACAUGUAUGUUCAUGCAUUCCAAGUAUAUGACUAUAAAGUAUCAUUCAUUGUGGCUUAUAUAAUCUACAUUAUGCAGUUCUGCUGUUUCAGUUUAUAAUUGUUUUGUAAAUGCAUAAUUACAUGGUUUAAAUAGAACAUAUACCGGUACUUUAUUCAUUUCAGAAGUGAGAUGAAAUGGCUGUUAUUCUUUACAUACACAUUUAACAGUAUUACAUAAGGUCAAAGUUCAUAAUAUACUGAAAUUCUAUUUAAAAGCACUACUAUUUGGUGUUGCACAUGAACUCUUAAGAGUCAUAAAGGGAGGUAAUAAAAAUGAAUUUAUUCAAUAGUA